AUGCUGACCAUCCCAGGCACACGAGCAAACAUCUCGUACCUCGACGCUCUCGCCAAGUUCCACAGGCAGCAGGGCAACAACCUACACCGCCUUCCUUAUGUCGAUAAGAAGCCCCUCGAUCUCUACCGUCUGAAAAAGGCCGUCGAAGCCCGCGGCGGCUUUGAUAAGGUUUGCAAGCUGAAGAAGUGGGCCGAAAUCGGUCGUGACUUGGGCUACAGUGGAAAGAUCAUGUCUUCCCUGUCCACCUCACUCAAGAACUCAUAUCAGAGAUGGCUUUGCCCUUAUGAGGAGUAUCUGAGGCUCGCCAAGCCCGGAGUUCAUCAACAGCUCGAGUAUGAGAACGGCGGUCCCUACACCCCUAGCCCCGCUGUCACUCCCAUGAAGCGGUCAAACGUCAACACUCCCUCCAGCGCUCGAGCGGACUCCCCCGCUCGUAACGCCUCGGAUGCGCUGCAGGCAAGUAUCAACAGCCUCAAGAAGGAGGGCGAUCGGGAUACUCCUAUGGCGGAUGCACCACCAGCGCCUACUCCCGUCACAUCAGGCUUUAGAGCAAUCAACACGGGAGGCUUCACUCCCGUCAACUCUGGUUUCAAGAGCGUCAACCGUCCUACACCCCAGGACGAUGUUACCAGCACACCGCCACCCAAGUCUUUCAGUCCUGUGAACUCCGCAAAGAACACACCAGAGUACCGACCUUCAAACCUUGGUCCCGCAGCGCUCAAACGUCAAAUGAGCUGUGAGAGUCUCGACUCAGCAAAGAAGGACAAUGCAGCAGACAAGGAUGAUGGUGAUGCUGGAAGCAGCAGACGAAGUAAACGUCUCAAGAAAGGUGAGUGA